UACAUAGUCUGUCCCGAAGUUUGGCAGUGUCAGUGUCACUCAGUCAUUAAUAGCGAUUGACGUUAUGCACAAGUAAACAAAUAGGCUUAUUCUCUGAAAUAUCUAUCAUUUGUUUGGCAUAAAAUCAUAAAAAUACAAUGAGCUCAAUUGAACUACAAGGAGAUGACUGGGAUUUACCUUGCUCAGAUGAUGAAUUAUCUAAAAGUGGUGUUUUUAUCGGUAGAAAUUGGAUGCCCGACCCUGCUGAAUUGGAGGAGCUUUACAAAGGACUCGACAAAACCGGCACUUUGACACUAGAAUGGAAAUGUCCAGGAAGGCGACCACCGUCACCAUUACCUGUAAGCAAAGAGAAUCAACCUGAAAUUCCAGUGUCGCCCAUAAGAGAAGAAAAAUCUGACUUCGAUUUUAUGGAUGAAGUGAGUUCUUUGCGUUUGCGAGUACGAAGCAAGGGUGAAGAUACUUUGAGAGGUUCUGCGAAAAAGAAAACUACUUCUUUUGAUGGUAUUCUCUCUAAUAUGAUCCGUCACAAAAGAAUAGAACAGAUGGAGAAACAAGCCAACACUUCUCCUUCUACCCCCACGUCCAGUGGAACCUGAUUAUUGUGCUAAAUUGAUAAAACUGCAGAAGCUACUUACAGUCUGACAGGGAUUGAAAAUGUAUUACUUGCACACUGUCCCUGAGGUGUGUUUACUGUACAAUUGUGUACUACUAUUAACAUGUGCAAUUGUGCAAUUAAAUAUUUAAAUAAAGUGUAAUAAACAC